AUGGAGAAGACUAAUAGCAUAAGCUGCAACAACAACGGCACUAUCCAAAACAGUCACAACAAUAGCGUGACAAACAACGGUGGUGUCAACGGUAGCAACACCAUGGAGAAAUCGAGUAAUCAGUCUGACCAGUUAUCUGGUGGUUGGGAACGUGUUUCCGAAGAACUUUCCGAUUCACAGGAAUUUGUCGCGCAUUGCUGGACUGAGAGGUGGAGUGAGUUGUAUCGUUGUUCCAGAUCAGUGGUAAAUGAGUGCAUUGAAGUGUAUAAGUAUGCACGCAUAUCGGAGGUGAAACAAGAUUGA